AGAUGAUCAAACAAGUGUUUGUUUGUAGUAAUCAAUUAACUUGACGAAAAAUCAUUUGGUUUUCGAUCACUGUUCAAGGCGGCUUUUUAAUCUUCGUAAAUGUCUUGUUGCUUUGUACAAGCAGUAUAUGCAGAUGGCCAAACUUUUGAAACUACCAACAGAACGGAGAAAUUUAUAACAGAUCACAUAAUCGAAGCAGAAAUCGGGAGAGGGAGGUUCGGUAAAGUAUCGUUAGUUAGACAUCGUGACAGUGGAGAGGUAUCUGCAGCCAAAAUAAUAAGGAGAUGGCGUUAUGGUAAAGAUACAAUCGCAAGCAUAUUGCGGGAGAUUGAUAUGGUGAAAAUUGGUCAACGGAAUUGCCAUAUUGUUAAAAUGAAGCACUAUUAUGUUGGAGAGAAAGAAGUUGUACUACUGCUAGAGAAUUGUUCUCAUGGAGAUCUCUAUCAUUAUGUGCAUUACAGUGAAGAGUUAAUUCCGGAAAAUAUCGUUGUUAAAAUACUUGCUCAGCUUCUCAAAGCAGUAUCUUUUAUACAUUCAGAAUCCAUCGUCCAUUUGGAUAUCAAACCUGAAAACAUUCUUCUCCGUCAUCCUCUCCCUCAAUGUGAUAUCGCGUUGUGUGAUUUUGGCCUAGCCAAACAUUUGCUGACAAACGAAGUUAUCAGAGACCUUGUAGGUACACCAGAUUAUGCUGCUCCUGAAGUUUUGAACUAUGAUCCCAUUCAUCUCACAACAGAUAUUUGGAGCGUUGGUGUUGUUGUUUAUUAUUUGCUUACUGGUGAAAGCCCAUUCUGGGACGAGAGCAAAGAAAAAACGCUUCAGAACGUUUGUCAGUUAAAUAUCUCUUAUCCUGACCACCUAUUCCAAGAUAUUUCUAUGGAGGCAAAAGCUUUUAUGAAGCGUUUAUUUCAAAAGCAUCCAAGAGAUCGCCCAUCGGCUAUCGAUUGCUUCUGUGAUCCGUGGCUUAGUUCUAAGACGUUCACUGACACACAAAAUACAGAUAGCUGUAGUCAAACGGAACCAAGUUCCUUAAAACAGGAUUUCAAAAAACAAGAUGAUCAGAGUCUUUAAGAACGAUCUUAACAUUAAAUUGUGAAUUUGUCUUCCUUAAAUAUGUAUAAAAUUACUCCAAGAGUUAUUCAUUUAUUUUCUUUAUUUAUUUAGUGGUAAAAUCAAUGUAGACAUUGUACACAUGUAUAAAGAUGCACAAAUAUAUUACUUAGUUGAUUCUUUUUUGGUAUGCUUCCUUAUUUCUGUUUUGUUUCAUUUAACCUAUACACUCGCUUAUAUGGUAAGUGGUGUUUGGUCCUCAACAGAAAUAAUAAAAAAUUU